CCAAUGUUACUUUCUUUUUCCUUUUUGGAGUAUUUUAGCUUUCCAGAGGAGACCUUUUGUAGCUUUAAUUUUUUAUAGUUAAUUCUUCAUUAUCUUUGUUUAAUUCUAUGGACCACGUCUUUGUACAGAAAUUUACUGCUGCAAAUAGAGUCGCGUAUAGGCUCUUUAUUCUAGAAUUUCUGCAAUAGAUGUUUAUGCGUAUUUGCUGCGACUGAUCUGUAUUGUUUAGUGUGGAUUACUCUUCCAGUCUUUGCAAAAUCUGAGUGCUUUUUAUUUCAUGGUGUUUGGUUGAAGAACAUUUUUGCAGAAAGUGAAAUUUUCUUUGAAAAAAACUCUUCUAAUAAAUUUUUGAACCAAACGCCAGUAAGACAAUCAACUUAGCUAGCGUUUAAACAUAGAUUUGGUUGAAACUUGAAAAAGUUGAAAUGAGUUUUUGAAGUUGUGUUUGAAAAAUAAUUUUUGGAAGUUGAAGUUGUGUUUGGAUGUGCAUUUUUUGGGGAAAAGCUUGAAGUUUCGUGAAUGGAAGAAAAAUUUCACCCAAGAACUGCCCUAAACUAGUUUUUGGGAACUUGAAAUUUUUUUUUUAAUUUUUUACAAAAACUGAUCUGUCCUAUGAACAAACAAUGUUUUCAAUUUUGUUUUUGAAAAAAUGUUCCCAAAAUCUAUGGCCAAACUAGUGCUUAAUCACUUCAGAGAUUUCUGCACGAAAGCUGAAGGGGUGCACUUUGAGUUUUGACCUUCUCCUGAUCUGUUCAGCACGUUUCCUACUGUUUUUUUUUUUUCUUUAGGUUAAUUUGUCUGAUCAUUGGUCACUUCUGUGUUAUAGUAGCUUUAUCUUUGUUUUUAAUGUGUUAUUUCAAUUUUAACCUUCAUAGUUUCAUGCGGUUGAUUUGUCUGAUCAUGCCUUUUGUUCUUAUAUUGUUUUCUGGCCAAAUCUUCCCUCUUUUUUCUAUUUGCAUGGACAGGUAUAUACUUGUAAAAAACAUACUGUACUUUUUUUCAUAUUGAACAUAUAUGGCAUUGCCUAUCUCUUUGUGUGAGGGGAUGAUUGAUGCGCCCUUUGGGAUUUAUACUCUUCCUUGCAUGGUCUCGGGAGUUAAGAUGAAUGGGUUUCAGAGUGGCAAGAAUCGCAAUCACGAUAAACCUUCUCCAGGAUGCUUGGGACGAAUGGUGAACCUUUUUGAUUUAAAUUCAGGGGUGACAGGAAACAGACUGCUUACAGAUAAACCACAUCGUGAUGGUUCUCUGUUGAGGAGCCAAUCAGAUGUGGUGAGGUUGUUGCCUUCUGAGGAUCAAGUAGAAGAAAAAAUGAUUGUCUCAGAUUUGAAGAGGACUAGCUCAAACAGGAAAUCAAAUGGAACACCAAUAAAGAUGCUUAUAGCCCAAGAAAUGUCCAAGGAAAUAGACUCUCGUCAUAAUCCACCUAGUGUUGUUGCCAAGCUGAUGGGGCUUGAUGCUCUUCCGGCUCAGAAAUCUAUUCCAGCUGUAAGAAGUCAUUUUGGAGGUCAUUCACGGUGUCAUACAGAUUCCUCCUUCAGCUAUUGCCAGCACGAAAACGAAUCCUUGGUGGAAGAAAUGCAGCAAGAAUUUCAUCAAUAUCCUGAACAGAAUGAAUAUAAAGAUGUAUAUGAAGUUUGGCAGCACUCCCCAAAAAUGAACUGUGUGAGAAGUAAAUCCCCACAAAAGGCAAGACACAAUGAAACUAGUUUUGAGAAGAAGUCGGCUUUUGUUCGUCAGAAGUUUAUUGAAGCAAAAUGUUUAUCCAUAGAUGAACAACUUCGCCAGUCUAAGGAAUUCCAAGAUGCAAUAGAUGUCUUAAGUUCCAACACAGAUCUGUUCCUCAAGUUUUUGCAAGAACCGAAUCAGAUGUUCUCUCAGCAUUUAUAUAAUUUGCAGUCUAUACCUCCUCCUCCUGAGACAAAGCGAAUAACUGUUCUAAGACCAUCGAAGAUGGUUGAUGAUUGCAAAUUUGGUGGAUCAGUGAAGAAAAAUGAGGAGAUAAACAGAGUUAAGGGAAACAGGGCCAAAAACCAUAUUGCAUUUACCCCUCCUACAGCAAGUUGGAAUAUUGAUGAAAAUCAUGCUCAACCUACACGGAUAGUCGUGUUAAAACCAAGCAUCGGUAAGACUCACAACUUUAGGGCUGCAAACUCUUCACCGUCUGCAUCACCAAGAGUAUCACAAGCUGAAACAAGUUUUGUCAACAUGGAGGCUGAUGAAGCUCAAGAAUCAAGAGAAGUGGCAAAGGCUAUCACACAGCAGAUGCGAGUAAACAUAGGUACACAUCAAAGGGAUGAAACAUUAGUUUCUUCUGUAUUUUCGAAUGGCUACAUUGGUGACGAAAGUUCAUUUAAUAAGUCUGAAAAGGAGUAUGCAGCUGGAAAUCUUAGUGAUUCUGAAGUCAUGUCACCAGCUUCUAGACACUCAUGGGAAUACAUAAAUAGGUUUGGCAGUCCUUAUUCUUGCUCCUCCAUGAGCCGUGCUUCUUAUUCUCCUGAAUCUUCAGUUUCCAGAGAAGCCAAGAAGCGACUUUCUGAGAGAUGGGCGAUGGUGGCAUCUAACGGGAGUUGUCAAGAACGAAGACCAAUGAGGAGAAGCUCCAGCACUUUAGGCGAGAUGCUUGCUCUCUCUGAUAUUAAGACGGCAGGAAGAAUAGAGCAGGAAAGUAGCAAAGAAGAUCCCCAGAUUCCUAAUUCCAACUCAGUGAGUAAUUCCAAAGAUGAUGAAGGUAUCAACAAGUCGCCAAGGAAUCUUUUGAGGUCCAAGUCUGUCCCUGUAUCUUCCAGUGCAUUCGGUGCACAGUUGAAUGUGGGCGCCCCAGAUCAUGUGACUGGAGAAAAUGACCUUCCCAAGCAGACAACGAAGCCUAGAAGUACAAAAUCAUCACUGAAAGGGAGGGUCUCAAAUCUUUUUUUCUCUAGGAACAAAAAGCCAAACAAAGACGAAGCUAAGUGUUCGCAGUCCAAUGAUGAAUUGCAGACAGGUGCAAAACCUUUACAUUCUCUAUCAAAAGUUGACAAAUAUAGUAGUGAAUUCCAUGAUGAUUCCGGGGUUGAGUCUUCAGCAACCAAUCUUCGCGAAUCCUCAUUCACACUGGCUUGCGAAGAUGUGGCUGGGAAGCAAGCCACAACCUCCCCUGAGGUUGCACUCUCUGAAGCAAGAUCUUUGCGCGCUGGACACCCAUGUGAAAACCAGGACCAACCGAGUCCUAUAUCAGUUUUGGAAACACCAUUUGAAGAGGAUGAACAUCCAGCACAUAUAUCAUCAGCCGGUAUCAAGCUGGACCGUCAUGCAGGUACCGAGUUGUCUCUUCACCCUAUAAGGUCCAAUUUGAUCGAUAAAUCUCCUCCAAUAGGAUCGAUUGCUCGUACAUUGUCAUGGGACGAUUCCUGUGCAGAUACAGCCAGUUCAGCAUGUGUAAGACCAUCAUCGUCUACUCAGCGGACAGAGGAAGUAGAACGUGAAUGGUUCUCUUUUGUUCAAACACUACUAACCAUGGCCGGCCUUGAUGAAGUGCAAUCUGAUGCUUUCUCGACCAUGUGGCACUCUCCUGAAAGCCCUUUGGACCCAUCACUCAGAGAAAAAUACAUUGAUCUGAAUGAGAAGGAGACAUUACAUGAGGCUAAGCGAAGGCAAAGGAGAUCAACCCAAAAGCUUGUGUUCGAUUGUGUAAAUGCAGCUUUAUUAGAUAUUGCAGGAUAUGGGCCAGACAACUGCCAAAGAGCCAUACCUUAUGUUGGGGUCCAUAAUAAUCAGCCGCAGGGAACUAGAUUGAUAUUGGUGGACCAAGUGUGGGACCGGAUGAAGGAAUGGUUUUCUAGUGAGGUGAAAUAUCUCUCUUGUGAUGCGGAGGACAUAAACAGCCUGGUGAUGGAAGGAAUGGUGACGAAGGAGGUGAUGGGGAAACGGUGGCUUGAAAGUUUUAGAUUAGAAUUAGCCAAUGUAGGGAUGGAAAUUGAAGGAAAGUUGCUUGAAGAGCUUGUGCAUGAAUCUGUCAUUGAAUUGGCAGGUAGAUUGUGAUGAAUCUUGUCCACUUAAUUCUUCUUCUUUUAAGUUUUUUUUCCCUUGCGCAAUUAUAUAACAUUAUUGUUUGUGUAUUAUUGUAUUUGCCAACAACCUUGCCCACCGGUAAUUGUUUAAUGUUGUGAAGUGUCUGCAGAUCUGUACUAACUUUUAUAUCUGGAAUUGUUUUGUACAUUUAUGCUUUGACCCAAUUAUAGAAAUAGAAUGCAAGCGGUCCUAUGGUUAAC